UUUAUUCAUUUAGACUAUAAUUAUUUAGUUAUAAAUGUAUCUGGUAUAUGCAUGUAUUGUUUGUAUGUUUCACUAUGGUAUGUAGCCUAGUUAAAAUUCUUUAUUUGUAUUAGUUAGACUCUCAGUGCUUAUAUUCAGCUAUAAGAGUGUAUCUCUGCUCUAAGAUCUUCUACAUGUUUCGUUCUUAGUAUCAAAAUGAUCUGCUUUUUAUUCCUCAAACAAUCAUGUACAUUAUGUGUUCCUAAAAUGCAUCAUACUAUUUUUACCACAGUUUGGGUAAAACUGCAUAAAUUCUCUAGACUAGCAAUAAACAUUCCAAUGGGCAAUAAACCGGAGACAAAGGAACUCUCUCGCGCUCAAAAUGCAUGCCUCUGAUUGGGCAUCCCACCCAAAAGGUGGGUGUGACUACAAACUGUUAAAAACCAUUAUCUUUGGAUAAUCUGUGUUCAGAAACCCUUGCUUUUUGAGACGAACACUCUCCAAGACUCCUCAAAACUUUUUACUUUCUGGCAGUUUCUCUUCAAAAUAACCUUGUUGAGCUUUCUGACUUUCCUUUCUUCAGAAGAACCAGAGGAAAAUCUCCAGCUUCAUUCUAAUAAGAACUCAUCACGAACCUUAAUUUUUCUACCGCAUCAGGACUCUUGUUCAGCAACAAAGCCAAUGCAAGUAACCGUUUACAACUCUUAAGAUGCGUGUUUGAGCCCCUCUUGAGGUGAUUUUUGUUUCUUUGAUGAUUCUCAUUAGGUUGUGGUUAACUGAUGUGAAUUACUGCCAUUCGCUUGCUUCUUCUCUCUCUUUUCUUUAAUCUCCUUUAUUCUGUAUAUUUACAUAUAUGUGUUUUUCUUGGUUUAGUUAUACGCUAGCUAUAGGUUCGUUUAUUAAAUAUCUUAUAAUCACAAUUGAUCUGUCUCUGUGUGCUUUAGCACCCACUCAUGCUAAACUACUGAUAGUAUGCACGAGUAAAGCCCUUAUCUGAUUGUAUCGCUAUUUGAAGUCAUUGUUUAUUCCAAUUUCAUUCAACUAGACGACUUUUGACUUUCACUUUAAGUAGAACAGUUAAAAUAACCUUUUCUGGAAUUGAUUAAUGCUUAUUUUGCCAGCUCGGUGGACGGAUAGAUCGAAUAAUGGUAAUAUAAAAUCUGCUACAGUUAAUUAUAAAAUCUAAUAUAAAUAUGAAUUAUUAAUGAUAACCAGUUAAAAUUAAUCAUAAAUAUUUCCUUUGUUAGCUAAUCUGCUACAUUAUUUGGUGGCAACGUUCAAACUUUAAUAUCUUUAAAGUACAUUUUAAUAUUAUUAAAAUCGCCUGUUGGAACGAAGAAAACUUCCUUCAUUUGCGAUAAAGAUUGAUUUGAGCGAUGUUCCUCCUAUCAUCUUUUAAAGCCCUUAUCUGAUUGUAUCUCUUGAUUUGAAUUCAUUGCGUAUUCCAUUUUCAUUCAACUACGAUCUUCCUCCUUUAGGAUUAACCAUUAGCUGACUAAUGCGUGCUAAUGCAGAUCUGAUCAUAAGAAUACUGUGAGCCAGUAAUAAAUAACUGAUUGGAAUGUAAAUGGGAGGCGUUAAAACCUUGAUGAAGUGAAACUUGUAUAACAGCAGCGAAGAAACCCUGUUGUUUAUAAUUUUUAUUGUGGGCUGGCAGCAAAUAAAUCCUGCCAAACGUAUCAUUGUGCAAUUAAGUUGCACAUACUGUAAGAAUCUGUUGUCACAUUGUUCUUGUGAUAGCUGUAGUAAUCUCACACUAAACGCGAUCAGUUUUGAGCACAAUUGGAGUUAAGGCACAGUACCUUAAACUAACGCUAGAGGGCAGGCUGUUUAAGUAUCUAACACUCCUUGAACUUCUCCUCCUACCCUCUUGACUUUACCUGUUGUGGGCUCACUCUCUCCAUCUUGUGGUAAUUCCCAGCUAGGUUCACUGCUCUCUCCCCAAUUCCAUGGAUUUCAGUUUGUUUUAUUGUUAAUUUCGUUUGUUUUUUUCUUCUCGUCAUUAUUAUCAUUCUUGUCCAUUCUAGUUACCUGCUGUUUUAUUUCUUUAUUUUGUAUUAUUUUUGUUUUUACUGUAUUAUCUUUUAUUACUUUUAUCAUUUUAUUUUUGUUUUGUUCUGUUUUAUAUAAUUAUUGUUAUUUGAUCAGGUUUCUCUCCCUCUCUUCUUCUCUCACUUAACCACUCACUUAUUUAAAUUUAGUUUAAACAGUGUUUGAAAACUAACUGCUGUAUUCUAGCCAUUUGUGUUCGCCUAUAGGUAGCACUCCCUCUAGUGCUUAGUUGGUGAAUCGUCAGUUGCUUCGACCGCAGAACACAGUGAGCUGCCGAAAGAUACCGACGGGAUAACCUCAAUCCUUCACUAAGCCUAGGCCAUAGAAAAUACUGAGACCCCCCCCCCCAGCUAGCAAAACCCCAAAAUCAGGUUUCUCCUCAAUCUGUAAAGUAAUUAGCCUACACCUGCUGUCCAAGCAAGGCUGACACACUAUAUGUUAUGACCCAGAAGCACCCUCUACUCAGUAGGCCCUGUCAUAACCCCUAACAGCAGUGAAAGGCUUAAACCUCCUUUCUCCUCUAUCUCUUUCUCUGUGUUUUGAAUUUUUUUAUUUUUUUUUGCAGUUUGUUCUGUUUUGUUUGCCUAGAGACUGAACCUUUGAGAAUCAUCAGGGAAGGCUGAGUAAUAGAUUGACGACCCAAGACCCAAGUCUUUUCUGUCAACAAUCUUAAUUAGAUCCUUUCCGGUGCCCCCCACAACAAUUAGACACACCUUGCCAUUCACGGCCAAGAUAACAGGUGCCUGGUCUACACUCCACUAACUUGAGCCAACAUGUCUCGAUCAUCCAGCCCUGAUGCCCACUGGGAUCGACUAGAGUCCUGGCUGAGUGCAAUAACUGGUACCCUCCUGUCUGAAGCCUCUGGUGGCCUGCAGGACCUGAACCGGGAACAGCUUGAUGACAACCUGUGUGCCCUGUUGUCACACGAUCCAACAAAGGACUACAGCCACAAAGAUCUCACCAAGAUCAUUGGGUCACUAGCCCACAACAUCCUCGCUCAGGCAAAGCUGAGUGAGGCAAGCAUCUCCCGCAUGGAACAGGAAGCAGCAGCGCUAAAGCUUCAGGCUGAGGAGGCUCAGAGAAACCUGGUGCUUGCUCAAAGUCAACUGGACCAGCUAACAUCACAGACUCAGCACCAACACAGGACAGCGGACGAAAAGGAUCCAGAGCUGCAGGAGGAAAUAGAGAGACUCCAGAAAGCCUUGACUGAUCUCGGUGUAGACAAAGCAUGCCGAGAGCAGAAUGAAAAGGGCACCAUAGAGGAACUGAGUGAAAAACUUCAGCAAACUGAGGCUCUCCUGAGGAGAGCAGAGACUGAACUCAAAGAGAGAGAUGCCAGGGUUAAGGCCUGCGAAGGCCACCUGCAAAGUUCCCGGGCUGAAGCCCGUGCCCUGGCCCAACAAAGAGACGAUUUAAAAGAUGAACUUGACAUAGUUCACCGGGAGCUUAAACAUGCAUAUAGACUGCAAAGUGACUCUGAAAGGGAAAUGUACACCACAGAAUUUCCCCUAACCAGUAGGCUGAUACCUCCUAGUCAAGAAUUCCCAUUUCUAAAGGGGGGUGAGAGCACACUUCUCAAGACAUCACCUGCCAGCAUCCCAGAACCCCCAACAACAGAAAGUGGGUGGGAGUCUUUCCAAAGGCUGUCUUCCAGUCACGGUGUGUCACCUAAAGAAUUGGAUGAGCUGGCUAGAAACAUUCCCACGUUCACUCCGAACCCCGCGGGAGGCAACGAUGUGCACGCCUACUUAAAAGACAUUGACUUUCACUUGCAAACUGUCGCCAAUGCUACCGCACGAGACAGAUUCUAUCUGCUCAGGAUCACCUCCAGCCGUGAAGUGCGGAGCUUUCUAGACCGGCAGCCAGAAAUGAUCAAAGUGGAUUGCCAGAAACUGCAGCAGGCUUUGAUUAAGGAAUACUCUGACCCAGAGUCAGAGCAAGGACUGAUUAUGGCCAUGGACAUUAAACAGGGCAGACAGGAAACCAUACAGGCCUACUACAACAGGUUUAGACAGGCAUACUUUGGAGCACGGAACGAGCCAGGAAUGGAAGAAGAUUUGACCUUCAAAGCUCUGUUCCUCCGGAAUCUGCAUCCAACCGUGACUUACCACUUGGGGGUUCUGGCUUGCCCACGGACUAUGUCCACCCAACAGCUGCGAGAUUUGGCCCAUAAGGCCUAUUCAAAACAAAGAGCUGCUACUAAAAAGACAGGAAAAACAACCACAAUCUAUCCUGUCACUAAUCAGAGUUCAGAACUUGCUCUAGAGGGCGACGAACCAAGCCAUAGUGACCAACCUGUCAACACAAUGUCAAGAUCCAUCCCAGCCAGCAGAACACAGCGUGGUCAUGGUGGUGCCCGCCCUAAGCACCAGACUGGGCACCCCGAGAGAUCCUGGGACAGGUCACAACCACCCCUCAACCGAAAGGGUGGAGCCACAUGGGAAGCCAGGAGACCCCCCAAAGGGAACCGAUACUCAGCGGCACAAGCAUCAAGCUCAGACUGCCAGCGGCAGAACGGAUAUCAACACGCCCUGGACAAGCCCAAAUAUAAACUAUCAGCAGAGCAGAACCGGGAAGCUACAUCUGAAUCAGCAGAGGUCAUGAGACUUUUAAAGGAACUCCUCCAGAAAAAGUACUACAAGGAAGACAAAAGAGAUAAGUCUGAUUAGUUAUGACUAAGCAUUAGAUCGGACUCCGACGCCCACUCAGAUCCCUUUGAAAAUGAACCUCCCAACCAGACCACUGCUAAUCCACUGCUGACCACAGAACCAGAUAUCCCAUCACCAAGUGAUGACAUCACUCAACCACCUCAGCUGACCACUGAACCACCAGAACCAGCCAACAUCCCUCAACACACCUCCAGCCAGGACCGCAAAGUACCAGAAAGCGCAGUCUUGGUGGUCUGCCUCCCUGACAAGCCACCCACGGCCAGCUCAGACUGCUUGCCAAUCACCACACAAGCCCAAGGGCCAAGACCUAAUCAAAAGGGGGGUUGCCUUUACCUGGCCAUCACAUUGGAAAAUAAGGUGAGACUGGAGGCCCUGGUGGACACUGGAGCUGACCUCACUUUAAUGUCAAGCCAACUUUUUGACAGAUUUCAAAGUGAAGCCAAGAGACAGAAUUGAACUCUUAAAUAUCAGAGGUGUGUGCUGAACAUGCAAUCCUACAGCCAAAAUGAGGUCCAACUUGAACAGGUAGCUCCAGUUCACCUGACCAACGGCCCUAUGAGUUUAGUGCACCCUGUGUACACACCUGCUGUAGUAGCCUGCCAUGACAGUAACCCACAGUUAUACCUGACACCAAAUCUGCAUAUGUUUAGCCUGACAAAAGACAUUCAUUAUCUCUGCCCCAGCAAGCCCUUCCUUUGAGACAACACUGAAGGAAUCUGCGGGUUACAACCCAUACAGAGAGAGACAUUCGGACCAGUUGAGGCCAAGCCUCGCACACAAGUCACAGAAACACAAGCAGAGGUUGUGGGAAAUCAGUGGCUCGUCAACACCCCCAUCCAUACUGCCACUCUGACCUAUGACCAGCAUGACACAGCCACCCGUGUCAGCCUGCCCAACCAGAGUAUGUGGAUUCAGGUGCCCAAAGGUGCCAUUCUACACCUUGGGGACCUGGCGCUGUACCACCUUCCAAGUAAAGAGUACCAAUCCAAGGUAGAAAUUCCAGCUUUCUUCAAGGACCACAGUCUCACUCUGGAAUCUGAAUUGGAACUGGGCAUUGAUAAAGGGGGGUCCCAGACGAUUGACAUCACUCCAAUCAACACAAAGGUCCAUGAACAGGUGCACAGCUGCCCUUCCUCGAACCUUCAAACGGAGCCACCAGAAAGGACCCAGGCUGAGACAAUGCUGAUCCUGACUAAGGUUAACACCCAAGCUGAUGGUCCAGAGGAAGAGGAAAAUUAGCAACCACCUAGCAUCUGACCAUCUGGAUGCACCUGCCAUCCGGUCUUCCUGAUCCACCUGCCAUCCAAUCAUCUUGAUCCACCUGCUGUCCGACCAUCAUGACAACCCUUGUCUGACAAUGUUUGCGGGUGAACGUCGUCAGCCAAUAGGGGGGAUUCUGUAGCAUCUGCUUAGGAUCAUGUUUGAUAGUUUGGGCUUUAUGUUGGAUGGACUCCUUUAGCCUUUUGACAUUUGCAUAUAAAUGACAGAAUCUGGCCCCAUAGUAUACAUUUAUACAAGUGCUUAAUGGCAAGGUUUACCCCCAUUAUCUGGAAGAGACUGAGCAGACCUUCUUUUGGGUCUCCCCAUCCAACUUCAAACACAUUCUGAGAUAACUAGCUCUCGAUGGGAGACACCAAAUGGUCCUGGCUGACCAGCCAAAUCACAUUCACACAACACACACACAUUUAUUCAUUUUGACUAUAAUUAUUUAGUUAUAAAUGUAUCUGGUAUAUGCAUGUAUUGUUUGUAUGUUUCACUAUGGUAUGUAGCCUAGUUCAAAUUCUUUAUUUGUAUUAGUUAGACUCUCAGUGCUUAUAUUCAGCUAUAAGAGUGUAUCUCUGCUCUAAGAUCUUCUACAUGUUUCGUUCUUAGUAUCAAAAUGAUCUGCUUUUUAUGCUUCAAACAAUUAUGUACAUUAUGUGUUCCUAAAAAGCAUCAUACUAUUUGUACCACAGUUUGGGUAAAACUGCAUAAGUUCUCUAAACUAGCAAUAAACAUUCCAAUGGGCCAUAAACCGCAGACAAAAGAACUCUCUCGCGCUCAAAAUGCAUGCCUUUGAUUGGGCAUUCCCCCCAAAAGGUGGGUGUGACUAGAAACUGUUAAAAACCAUUAUCUUUGGAUAAUCUGUGCUCAGAAACCCUUGCUUUUCGAGAUGAACACUCUCCAAGACUCCUCAAAACUUUCCUGAGUUUUACUUUUCAAAAUAACCUUGUCGAGCCGCAAAGGACUUUCCUAUCUUCACAAGAACCAGAGGAAAAUCUCCAGCUUCCUUCUAAUAAGAUCUCAUCAAGAACUUUCCUUCAUUCUGUAUAUUUACGUAUAUGUGUUUUGCUCAGUUUUGUAAUUUGCUAGCUAUAAGUUCAUUUAUUAAAUCUCUUAUA